AUGACACAACAACCAAGUCUUAGUGGUUGCAAUGCCCUCAUUGCCUCGUUAGGGGCCGACAAGGUCGCGCUUCCCGGAACUGACGCCUACAACGCGUCACUCGCAUCCUAUUUCUCGCUGCAGGUAGCUGCCGUCCAGCCGCUCUGUUUCGUGGCCCCCAAAACGGCCGCCGAUGUGUCGGCGGUGCUUGGAGUCGUCGCAGCGAAUCCUGCUGACGGCCUCCACGACUUCGCUAUCCGGUCUGGGGGCCACAUGUGCUUCCCCGGUGCGUCCAACGAGCCGGGGGGAGUGACGGUAGACUUGCGAGGUCUUGACUCGAUCGAUCUAAGUCAAGAUAGAUCGAUCGUAUCCGUCGGCCCUGGCUCAACUUGGGAUGCGGUUCAUGCCAAACUCGAUCCCCUUGGGCUCAGUGUCACCGGGGGCCGAGUCGCCGGCGUUGGUGUUGGAGGGUUGACCCUGGGAGGUGGCAUCUCUUUCUUUGGACCUCGCUAUGGUUGGACCUGCGAUACUGUAACUGCGUUCGAAGUUGUCCUAGCAGACGGCUCUAUCGUAGAAGCAAAUGAGAGUGUUAAUCAGGAUCUACUCCAGGGGCUACGGGGCGGGUCGAAUAAUUUUGGCGUUGUCACACGCAUCGACCUCGCAACCUUCGAUCAGGGUCCAGUAUGGUCCGCUAGCCUUUACAAUCCCGUCUCUACGAUAGAUGACGUGGCCAGGAUUGUUACCAACCUUGUGGCGCCAGCCAACUACGACGAGAAUGCCUCGUUCAUUGUCGGAUUUGGGUAUUCACAAACCGGAGGUCUGACGGUCAUCAACAACCAGCUUGUCUACACGAAGCCAGUCGAGGAUCCACCAUACUACCAAGAAUUGCUGAACCUGCCAUCGAUUAUGAAGACAUCGUCAAUCGUUGACAUGACGACACUUUCGCGGCAGCAGGCACAAUUGCUUCCUCCAGGAGCGGCUCGUUAUAUGUAUGGGACAGUCACCAUCCUCGCCACCGAGCCCAUGAUCCGCGCCACCUUCGACGCCUGGAACAGCAGCCUGGAAGGCGUCAAGGACAUCAGCGGCCUGACCUGGGCAUUAUCGCUGGACUCGGUGCCGCCAAGCAUGUCGCAGCGCGGCGCAGGAACCAACGCUCUGGGGCUUGCCGAUUGGAAGGAGUCACGCAUCGUGUGCCUGUUAUCACAGGCGUGGGCGGACCAGGCCGACGACGAGCGCGUCUACGCCGCGUCUGCGGCACUGAUCACGGCCAUCGAAGACGCGGCGCGGAAGCUCGACGCCUAUGAUCCCUUCCUUUACCUCAACUAUGCCGCCAAGUGGCAGGACCCGAUUGCCAGUUACGGAGAGGCGAGCGUGCAGCAGCUGCGCGAGGUGAGGGGAAGGGUGGAUCCCAAGGGGGUGUUCACGAAGCUCGUCUCGGGCGGGUUCAAGAUCCCGUCUUAA